CGUACGACAUGGGCAUCCGCUGGCUCGGAGAGGGGCUGGUCUUAACCAAUGGUGACCGUUGGGCCAGAAAUCGUCGUCUGCUGACUCCUGCCUUCCAUUUCGACAUACUCAAACCUUACUUGUCCAUCUACCAAACGUGUUCAGAUACAUUGAUUGAAAAAUUAACAAAGCUGUGCAAGAAAGGGGAGCCUAUCAACAUUUACCCGUUGAUUAAUUUGGACGCGUUAGACGUCAUCCUGAGAUGUGCUUUUUCAUAUGAGUCGGACUGUCAAAUAGACAGAUCCAACAACAACUACUCCACGCUCAUAACAGACCUACAGAACUUGUGGACAGCAAGAUCGUUAACACCCGUCCAUUUUAUUGACCUCUUCUACAAGUUUUCUGCAGACGGGAAAAAGUUUCAUAAGCUUUGUGAAGCCGCUCACAAAUUUGCAGAGGAAGUUAUUGAAAAACGGAAACGACAAUUGGACAUGAAGCUAGAAGAAGUUUCAAAUAGAAAAAUCAAGGAUUUCUUAGAUAUUUUAUUGAUAGCACGGGACGAAGAUGGAAAGGGGUUAAGUCCCUUGGAAAUCAGAAAUGAAGUGGACACAUUUAUGUUCGAAGGCCACGACACCACCGCUAGUGGGAUGACCUUUGCCCUCUACGAGCUGGCCAAGCAUCCAGAGUACCAGGAGAAGGUAUACGAAGAGGUGGUCAGAGUUCUAGAUGGUAGAGAACACUUGGAAUGGAACGACUUGCCUAAACUUGAGGUCACAACAAAAUGUAUAAAAGAAAGUCUUCGUCUUCACCCCGCAGUGCCGUACAUAGAGAGAGAAACAGUGGAAGAUUGUAGCAUUAAUGGACAGAUACUACCAAAAGGUACUCGUAUUGCAAUCCACAUCUGGCUUCUUCAUCAUAACCCUCAUAUUUGGGAAAACCCUGACGAGUUUAACCCAGAGCGGUUUAACCCUGAUAACCAGGUUAAACUUGAUCCGUUUCAGUUUGUGCCAUUUGCUGCAGGCCCAAGAAACUGUAUUGGUCAAAAUUUUGCAAUGAAUGAAAUGAAAACAACUAUUUGUAAAAUAAUCAAAAAGUUCAAGCUUUCUGUGGAUGCCGACAAAAAAGUGCGUAGACUCCCCGUAGUCACAAUGCAGGCAGAAGGUGGAAUGUUUCUCAACGUUACGUUACGGAAAUAAAUUGUGCAAACUUAAAGAUCAAAAUUUUAUAUAUUAAAUUCAUCGUAAAUAUAUUGCUGCAUCACAGUGCGUACAGAGAGAGAGAGAGAGAGAGAGAGAGAGAGAGAGAGAGAGAGAUCUUUCUGAUAUUCUGAAAUGCAAAUAUAUUUGUGUAAAGCCAUUACUACUUGCAGUAGCAUUAUAUUGUCCAUGAA